CGACGACGACGACGACGAUCAAGAGAGCUUCGACGAGCCGCCAGCAGCCAUCCUCAGAUUCCGCCCGCGCAUGUUUGGCCCCAGCUUCGGCUUUUGCAGCGCUCCCGAUGAAGAGGACCAGGUGCGCGCACGAAUGAGGCAUCGCGUCUACGACUCGGCCCACUACGGCUGGUCCAACGCUUUUGCACCCCUCCACGCCUGGCGCUACAAUCCACGACAAGGCCAGCAAGGAAACCACGACCACGACGCGGUCACCGAAAGCGACCUUGCCACUGAUCCCGAGCAGCAGUCCGAUGAAGAAGAUGUCGAGGAGUACGGCAUGCGCUUCAUCAACAGGCGUGGUGGCAGCGACGAUGGAGACGACGAUGCGUGGCGCGAGGCUUUCGAGCUCGACGAUGCCAGCGACGACAUUCCCGACGACCCCGUUCCCAUCGAGAUCGAGAUGAGCGAAGACGAACAAGACACGCGCACCUUUCGCGUCGCCGAUCGAUACGGCAACCCCAUCCCGUCCGACACUGCUGCAGCCAGCGCAUCAGCGGCAGCUCGAGGCUGGGAUGUCUCGGACAACGACGAACCAGCAGCACGCGAUGACAACGCCGAGUCGUCGACCGCCCCAGCUCCCGCGCCGUACCAGCCACCGCAGCAUGGCACCUACGACGCCGAGACGAGCACGUACACCUACGAGGGACAUCAGCCCAUCGGCAUCGUCACGGGCAGCCAGAACAUCCAGGUCACCGUGGGCGACUCGGUCGACUUUGUAGCCUCGGGCGAGCUCAACGUGCGCUUUGUGCGUCCCGGCAUGUUGGCCGAGACCAUGCGCGUCACCAGCGGCCACGCAGAACGUCGCGCAGCCACCAACGGCAUCGACGAAGAGGAAGACGAGGACAUGGACGACGAUUACGACGAGGACGCCGAAGAGUGGGACGAAGAUGCGGAUGAAGAGGACGACGACGACGAGGAGGAUGGCCGCUUUGGGCCGUUUUUCGACAGUUUUAGGCCGCUCGAUGGCGCAUGGGAUUAUCGAGGCUCGUACGCCGCCGAUGAGCUGCAGCCGCUGGUGGCAAAGUGGAAGGCAGAGCACGAGGGCGAAGGCGAAAAGCCGGCCGACAAGGAUGGCGGCGCCAACGACACCGACACGUCGGCUGGUCAGAUUGUGAGCCUGCGUCGCAAGAGCAUUCACUGGGAGCUGGUGGAGGCGAUCAUGGUGGUCAUGUACGCCAACCUUAAGGAGGCGAUCUGGCUCGAGAACUGGGGCGUGGGCAUCCGCAUCCCCAAGGUGUACGACCACGCGGGCGUGCUGGUGCGCGACCCAAUGGAGCGACGCGAGUUUCUCGAAUUCCCCACGGGCUGGGUCUCGUCGCUGGCCACAGCGGUAGCGCAGAAGAGCGACGCUGAGGACGCCGUCGAGGGAAGCAGCCGUGGCGCCGAGGCGGAAGGUCAGGCUGAAGGUCAAGCGACGUCAAAUGCAGACGACGACAAGCCGCACGACUGGGCGCGGUGCGAGAGCUUCUGGGCGGGCACGUAUGCGUUUCUGGACUACUCUCACUUUGUCGAGUUCAACGUACGCAUGGCGCGGCGUCGACGCGAUCAGCUGGCUGCGGCGUCAAAUGCGGCGGGCACCGACGGCAAGGCUUCCUCAUCGAGCAAUGCACCCGGUGGAAAUGGCAGCAACGGGCAGCGACCGCCAUCGACGCGCGUGCCGAAUCUGGUUGGGCAGGAGGAAGCGGUAGGCGACUGUCUGCAGCUCCGCCUCGAGCUUCUGCCCAAGUCGGAGCAGCCUGCGUAUCGGCCAGACGAGGAGGGCCAAGAAGACGACUUGGAAUAUCCUACGCUGUACUUUCGCGGCACGACGGUGACGUACUGGGGCAACGAUGCGCCGAUGCCGCGCGGCGGGGUGCAUGGCAAGGUGCGCCCCGUGUACGCGCGCGACGAAGACGUCGAUCCGACCGUCUCGCGCGGCAGGAGGAAGAUCGAGGGGCUGCACUGGUCGCUCACGCACGUCUACGACGGCGAGGAUCGGUGGCAGCUCGAAGGGAUCCAGCCCGGCCCACCGGGUACGCGUGCGCCGAUGUUUGGCGUGUGGUCGGACGCGGCGCACGAGGCCGAGAGCCCCAACGGCCCGUUUGUAUACUGGAUGAUGGACGAGCGGCCGUGGAAGGAGAUCGAGCGGCUCAACCGCAAAGAUGCGCAGGCUGCUGCGGCUGCCAGGACUGCACGCACGUUCUGA